CCCACUGCGGGCCCUUGCCUCACACCCUCAUCUACUCUCACACACGCACACUCCAACACCAGCCAGCUCUCGCCUCUCUCUCUCGCUCUUUUCGCUCGUCAUCACGCCCAGCCUCAUACCUCCUGCGCCGCUCACACAUACCCUUACCGCUCCCGCUCCCACGCGUCGUGCACGCGUCUCUUUCUCUUGUCUCGCUCGUCUCUCCGGUCGCUGCCCUCACUCUCUGCUCGUCUCUCUGUAGCAUCUCGUCUCUCUUCUCGCCUUUGCCGCUUCCAGCGCACGCUCCACGCCGCGCACUCCGCUUCCAUGCCCAGUCCGCCCGGCACCGCCUCGUCGACCGCCGCCGCCUCCUCCACCUCUCGCACCUCGAGCACGCGCCGCAGCAGCAGCACACGCGCGCCGCGCUCCUCGUCGCCCUCGCCGCUCUCCUCCUCCGUCUCUACCGGCGCAGCCGCCCCGGCCGCCGCGCCUGCGCCGGCACCACAGCCUGCCGUCUCGCGCCGCAUCAGUGCCACGCCGCUGCGCGCACCGCGCCCGCUCGAGGCACUCAGCGAUGCGCUGGCACAUCUCGGCUCCAGCGCCUCGGCGCUGCUAGCACACCACGCCAGCGCCGCGCGCAGCCACGUCUCUGCCGCUGCCGGCGCUGCCACCGCCUCGUCGCCCGCGCCGCAGCCCGCCGAGCCGGCGCCUGCCGAGCUGCAGCUGCCCGAUGCGGCGCAACGUGUGGCGUGGGCGACGUGGGAGCGCGUCUCGGACGCGCACGUCUUUCUGCUGCUCGGCUACGCCGCCGGAGGCCUGCAGAUGUAUGCGCUGCGCGACGAUGUGCUGGAGGAGCGACUAGACAUCCGAGGUGUCCUGCUGCCCAGCGAGGACGCCGCCGGAGCCGUGCUGGCCGCGCGCCUCAGCCACAUUGGCGGGCAGCUCGUGCUGGCGUGCGCAGCCGAGCAGGGUAUUACGCUCGCCGCGUAUGAUCUGGCCACGCAUGCAGUGCCACGAGCAACGCUCGUGCGUAGCGCCUCACCUCCGACGACUGCGUCAGAAGUGCAGCUGCGUGUGUCGUCGAGCUAUGUCGUGCUGGCGCACGCCGGCAAGCUGCACGUGCACUGCGCCAGCACGCUGGCAGCGCUGCGCAUCAUCGACGUGUCGAGCGGCAGCAGUACGCUGCCUGCAUUCGACCUCUCCUCACGUAUCCUCGCCUAUGCCACGCCGACGCCGCCGCGCAGCGGCACUGGCGUGAUCGCCUCGCCGCCGGGCCACAGCCUUUUGCGCAGCGCCACGUCGCCACGUUCUGCCUCGAGCAGCUCCUCGCAUGCAGCCGCGGCGCUGGACGCCGGCGUACAGCUCUCUACGCAUGCGUACAAGCUUGGAGGAGACGUGUUGGGCGCGGCCAAGACGUGGGGUAACGCGUACUGGACUUCGGCCGCGACAGCAGCAGCGACAGGCGGAGUGGCAGGGGGCGAAGCCAGCAGCCCGGCGAGGGCCGGCAGUCCCUUCUCGCGCUCUGCGCCGCAAGCUUCGCCGCGCGGCGGCUCGCCUUCGUCGCCGGCGCUGCUGCCUCGCUCAGAGGCGCCGCGUAGCAGCAUCGUGGUGCUCGACCUGAAGCGCAACCGCACGCUGGCGCACUUGACGCCAGCGCAUCGAGGCGCCGAUGUUCGCCUCGUCAGCCUGUCGCCCAACGCGGAGAUGCUCCUCACGGCCGAUGAGAGAGGGCACGGAGCGCUGGUGUUUGAGCUGAGGCCGGGCGUGCUGGGCAGAGAGGGCGCCAGCUGGCUGCGCUACCGACUCUUCCGCGGCCACACAACAGCCUCAUUGAUCGACGCAGCAUGGAGCCGAUCUGGCCUGCUCACGCUGCUAUCAGCACGAGGCACGGCGCAUGUCUUUGCCCUGCGCAAUCCGCUCGUGGCGCCUUCGAAUCCGGAGCCGCCGACGGAGCUGAGCGUGACGCUCAACGCCAUCGCACGGACCAGGCGCGUUGCGGACCAGAAUGCGCCAGCGGUGCCAGCAGCCGAGGGAGCGCAAGAAGAGGCGGUCGACGUGCCGCUGCCGGCCCUUGCGAUGCUCGAGACGCCCAUCCGCAAUGCGGAGAAUGCUGCUUCGACAGACGAAGCGGCAGGAGCAAGUGCAAAGACUGCAAGUCUGCAGCUGAUGAUCUUCGAAGGCCUCACGGCGGCCAUUGCACUGCAUCAUGUCACGCUGGCACAAGAAGCGCUGCCUUCUGCGCCAACCAUCAGCCCUAGCUCGAGCAGCUCCGGUCUGACGCAGAUGAUGCGUCGCGCGAGCGGCAUGAGCCUGGCGAUGUCGCCUGGCGCUCCUCCUCGUCGGCCUUCCUCCGCGACCCCAGCAACACCGGCGGCGCGUCUCGUGGCUUCGUGCACGCGUGCUGCCUGCUGGAACGAAGUCGCGCGCGCCGACGAUGGUCUAGAGGUCCGCCUCCCCUUUGCCUUGUCUGCUACGCGCAAGACUAUGGAUGCUGCACCUCCAGCAAGCUGGAUCUCGCGCGCCGAGAUCACCACGCAUGGCGGCGCGCCGGGUCCGCUGUACCUGUCGCGUCAGAUGGUGUUCAACACCUACGACCUGCCUACGCUGGCGCGCAGACGCAAAGUGCCGCUCUACGUCGAGCUACAUCGGGCCGCAGCGAGCCGCCUGGUGGUGCGCGACGAGGUCGAGGCUCGCUCAAACAGCGAGCCGCAGGACGGUGGCACGCCAACUUCGUUCGACGAGCGCCUCGCCUCGGCUAUGCGUCUGUCCGCCUUCGACUCGGACGCUGCUCGCUCUGCGUCGCGCUCGCCUUCAGCCCACAUACCCGCAUUCCCACAGGGCGGCAGAGCACGACAGCCAUCUUGGACAUCGCGAGCCAGCGCCGGGAUCGCCGCCAUCCCCAUCCGGGCCGGGGCGCUCGGCAUGAGCGCGCGUCGCGGAUGGAGCAGCGGCACACCCGAGAAGAAGAAGGUCGCGCCGCUGCUCAGCUUCGAGGAGGCACCCGACGAUGCGGCGCUCUUCGUCUCUGCGACGACUCCUGCAUCGCUCGGCACCAACGAGGGCUCGCUGCGGCGCGUGGGCCUCCUCGAAAGCGCCUCGAACGGCUCGUCUGCCGAGACGCCGCCGACGGGCAACGAGAGCGAGGACGAGUGGGACGGCCUGCGGGACCGCGAGUUCCAGCCGCGCAGCGUGCCCAAGAUGGACGACGAAGAGGUCGAGGUCAAGCGGCGAGAGGCGUCCGAGGAUGUGGUCGGCAUCUUCGGUGGCUUUGAGGAGGAUGCGAUUGCAUCACGGGCGACAACAACGCGCGAGGUAGAUGGCGGCGUAGAGGCGGCGGAGCCGCUCAAGGCUGCGCAGCCGACGCAGCUCUUCUACUCGCGCCAUCUCGCUGCGUCCCUCACUGCGCCGGGCAGCAUGCCUUCCAGCCUCUCGCGCGCGAUGCCCGUCGGCAUCGAGAAGGACGACGCAGCGAGCACGAAGAACGCAGCGCGGCCAUCGAGCUCGGCACCUUCGAGCGACCCGAUCAUCGUCGACGCGGCUCGCAGCACGCGUGUCGUCAAGAGCGCGACGCAGAAGACCGGCAAGGGAAAGAAGGGCCAUCGCGACUGAACAAUGGACGUGUGGCUGUGGGCUCCGGAUCUGCUCCUCAUCUCUUCCCGUCUCUCCACUGGGCCACGACGCUCGUCGUCAGCCACGCGCCUCUUCUGCCUCCGUCUGUCGGCCCACACCACCACUUCCAACGAAAUCUCACUCGUCUAUCACCCUGCAUUGCAUUCAUCGCUUGCCUCCCUGCGCCUUCUUCACCAGGUCGUCGAGCGCCAGCGGCUCCCAGUCUUCGCCAUCGCGGCUCCACACGACGUCGUCGUCGAGAUAGAAGACGACGCCGCCCUUGUCCAUGCCGCGCGCGAUGCGGAAGAGCGGCAGGCCGUUGGUCGGGUGCGACUUGUCGAGCGGCAGCACGAGCAGGUCGGCCGCGGCUGCCGCCUCCUCGACG